CACUUCCGGAGUGGAAGCCCAGCUCGGAAGUGACGACAGACGCUACCUCAAGGCGGAAGCGGGUGUGCGCAUGCCCGAGAGGACCGGAUUUUCGGCGUCUCCCGCGGCGGUGGCGGCCAAGAUGGCGGAGGGCGAGGAUUACGAGUCGGUCUUGUGCGUGAAGCCGGAGGUCCACGUCUACCGCGUGCCCCCGCGCGCCUCCAACCGUGGCUAUCGGGCCUCGGUGGACCAGUUUCCUAGCGGCGCUGUGGAGGGCGUGACGGACUCCAGCCGGUAUUUUGUCAUCCGGAUCGAGGACGGGAACGGGCGCCGCGCGUUCAUCGGAAUUGGCUUUGUUGACCGAGGUGAUGCUUUUGACUUCAAUGUGGCACUGCAAGACCAUUUCAAAUGGGUCAAGCAGCAGGAUGAGUUAGCCAAAGAAGCCCAAAACCCAACGCAGGGGCCCAAACUUGACUUGGGCUUCAAGGAAGGGCAGACCAUCAAGCUCAGCAUUGCGAAUGUGAAGAAAAAGGACAGUUCCUCGGGAAGUAGGCCACGACCUGCUGACUCCACGGGCCUCCCCCUCCUCCCUCCCCCUCCAGGAAGCAAGACACCCCUCCUCCACCCACUUGGAGGACAGCUUCCCUCACCUCUUCCUGGAACCUCAGCAGGUGUCAUCCAAACAGCAGAUGCUGCCUGGUCUCAGCACUCACAGCCCCCAAGUUCUACAACAGAAGCGUCUGCAGACAUUUGGGGAGAUUUCACCAAAGCUUCCGGGUCCGCCUCUCAGCCGCGGCAGAACUCGGGCUGGGUCCAGUUCUGAAGGCCCGGAGACCAAGGGGGGCCUUCUCCUUUCCAGUUGAGGGGCCCGGGGACGGCUCUCGGCCCCCCAAGGGAUCCUGCUCCCGGACUCGGAGGAGGGAGCUGCGCCAAUCCUCUCCCGCACCCGGCGCUGGACCUUCGGUGGGGUGGGGGCGAGGCGCCGACUGCCAGCGGACGGGGAAAGACUCGUUCCUGCUUCUGAAGCGAAGCUCUUCGCCUGCCCUCCUGCCUUUCCUUCCCUCCUGAGGGGAGCAUCGUACUUCGGGGCCCCCCGCAGGCCGCACCCUUUUGCUGACUCCGCCUGGGGAACGACCACGGCCGCCGGGCCUCUGGAGCUCCGGGCCCCGCGCCGGGUUCUGCUGCCGCCUCAAGCAGGCCGCGCGGCCGCCGGGGCCUUGCGGGUUUUCCCCUGGACCGCCGAGCGCUGGUCCUUGUGCUCGGAAGGGGCCGCCUUGCAUCCCCGGGGCCCUUUCAGGGACUCCGGCCGCCCCUCCGCGUGUCUUUUCUUCGCUGGGGCGCCCCCCUCGCCG